CAUUUCUGACCUGCCUCACCAUGAAGUGGCUGGUAGUGGUACUGGCGCUUGUUUUGCUGCAGCAAGGGGGUGUGGAAGGUGUUCCUGGGAACGGAAACAGUAACCAUGGGAACACACAGUCAUGCGACGUUACCUGUCAGACCCUGACUGACUUCCAGUCCUUCAUGACCACUGCUCCACAGGCUCAGACAGACCAGUCCACCACGAUUCAAGCUCUCCAGGCAACAGCCAGCAGUCAGGACAACAUCAUCCAGCAGCAGGCUGCAGCUUUACAGCAACUGGAGGGAACUCUGCAGCAACAGGCCACCCUGAUUCAACAACAGGCCACCAGCCUGCAGCAACUGGAGACUACCUUGCAAGAACAUGAAUUGACCAUCCAGGCACAGGCCACCAGCCUACAGCAACAGGUAACUGCUGACCAGCAGCUAGCAAGCAACUUGCAGCAACUGGAAGGAACUAUACAGCAACAAGCCACCAGCCUGCAGCAGCAUGAAUCCACCAUCCAGGCACAGGCCACCAGCCUGCAGCAACAGGACAGCACCAUCCAGCAACAAGCCACCAGCCUGCAGCAACUGGAAGCCACCAACCAGCAACAAGCCACCAGCCUGCAGCAACUGGAAGCAACCAACCAACAACAAGCCACCAGCCUGCAGCAACUGGAAACCACCAAUCAGCAACAGGCCAGCAGCUUGCAGCAACUGGAAGCCAUCAACCAGCAACAAGCCACCCUGAUUCAAGAACAGGCCAGCAGCUUGCAGGAACUGGAAGCCACGAUCGAGCGGCAUGAAAAAAAUGAAGAACUACUGGCAGGAGAAUUGCAGCAACUUCAAUCAACUGUCCAUCAACAGGGAAGUGACCUACAGCAACACGUUCAGCAACUGGCCCUCAGCCUGCAGCAGCAAGAUACUGCUGAUCAGCAACAAGCCAGCACAUUGCAGCAACUGGAGACCACUCUACAGCAACAUGAAACCGCCAUCCAGGCACAAGCCACCAGCCUGCAGCAACAUGAAUCUACUAUCCAGGCACAAGCCACCAGCCUGCAACAGCUAGAAGGAACUGUACAGCAACAAGCCACCAGCCUGCAGCAACAGGCAACUGCUGACCAGCAGCUGGCAACCAAUCUGCAACAACUGGAAGGAACUGUACAGCAACAAGCCACCAGCCUGCAGCAACAGGAAGCCGCUGACCAGCAGCUGGCAAUCAACCUGCAGCAGCUAGAAGGAACUGUGCAGCAACAAGCCACCAGCCUGCAGCAACAGGCAACUGCUGACCAGCAGCUGGCAACCAAUCUGCAACAACUGGAAGGAACGGUACAGCAACAAGCCACCAGCUUGCAGCAACAGGAAACUGCUGACCAGCAGCUGGCAACCAACCUGCAGCAACUAGAGGGAACUGUGCAGCAACAAGCCACCAGCCUGCAGCAACAGGCAACCGCUGACCAGCAGCUGGCAACCAACCUGCAGCAGCUGGAGGGAACUGUGCAGCAACAAGCCACCAGUCUGCAGCAACAGGAAACUGCUGACCAGCAGCUGGCAACAAACCUGCAGCAACUAGAGGGAACUGUGCAGCAACAAGCCACCGGCCUGCAGCAACAAGCCAUCACGUAUGCCCAACAAGCCACCAACUUGCAGCAACAGGCUGCCAUCAUCCAGGAACAAUCCGGCACCAUCCAGCAACUGGAAGAUAUACUGAAUGCUCCACGUGACUGCCUGGACUUGUUCAACACCGGCCACAACACCAGUGAUGUCUACGCCAUCUACCCAGGGGGGAAGGAUCCCAUCCAUGUGUACUGUGACAUGGACACUGACGGGGGCGGAUGGACGGUCUUCCAAAGGCGCCAUGAUGGUUCAGUAAGUUUCUCCUUGGACUGGCAGGCCUACAAGACCGGCUUUGGGGACAUCAAGUCAGAGUUCUGGCUAGGCAAUGACAAUCUGGCUGCACUGACUGCCCAAGACGUGUUUGAACUGAGGGUCGACCUGGAAGACUUUGAGGGAAACUUAGCUUAUGCCAAAUACAGCACCUUCAGGGUGAAAGACGAAGUCGAGAACUACCAAAUGAAUGUGGGUGGAUAUUCAGGAACUGCAGGGGACGACAUGACAUGGAGUUCCACUGCAUUCUUCUCCACCAUCGACGCAAGCAACUAUGUCCAUCCUGGCCACUGCAACCUUGGCAACAAGGGCGGCUGGUGGUACAGCAGUUGUCGUGAUGCCAACCUGAACGGCCAGUACCUGGUUGGAACCCACCAGUACAACGGGGAAGGAGUGAACUGGUACCAGUGGAAGGGAGACAACUACUCCCUCAAACACACUGAGAUGAAGAUCAGGCCCAACUAGGCUCACUCACUUGGUCCUAACAAAUGGUUAUAGCUGUACUGUAACUCGAGACAUGGCAACCUGCUAAAUCUGUGUGAGACGAUCUUUCUGCUUCCUGCUGACUUCAAUGUUCAUCUUUGUUUCCAGUUUGUGUGCUGCCUACAUGUAUAGUCCAUACCUUGUUUGGCAAGGUACAAACUAUAGGGAAGCGAACACAAGGUGGAAACAAAAACAUAGCAUGGUUCUGAAUGUUGGCUGAGAUAAGUGAUUUAAAUGGAUACACAUCUUAAUGGACAUGAUGCACAUAGGAAAGUAGAAAAUAGAUGAUAGGUAACUCUCUUAUGCCUCAUCAUCUGCUGUUAGUGUUUUAGAGCAGCUGAAAUGAAGUUGACAUUUGAAGGAACUACAGAGUGACUGUAAUACCGAGUGGACUGCAUGACAAAACUGUAAACAUCCUUUGGUGGGAAAUAAAACCUUCACUUCCAGCUUCAA